CGUCGUUGAAUCCGAGACAGUGCCGAAACAGCAGGAAAGAGACGAACGAGAUGGCUGGAGAUUCUGCAGGCGUUCGUCGACGGAAGAAAUCGCUUUUUCGUUACGAGCCGGGGCCGGAGUACGAUCCGGAGCUUCCGUACGGCGGGCUCGUCUACGUGGCCAGGCAGAAGAAACCGGAUUCCUAUCUCUGCGUCGCCGUACAGGUGACGCUCGUGAUCUCGGCGCUGGCGCUCUGCUACAUCGCCUACGUGUACUCCAACGAGAUGCAAUUCUACGUGACGCGUGCCUACGCUCACCUGGGACACGCCCACGCCCAACACGCCGUCGGACAGCGAUACCUGCACGGGAAAGGAGUGAAGAAGAACGGGACGGAGGCGAUGCAAUGGUUCAAGAAGGCAGCGGAUCAGGGACAUCCUCACGCCUCUUACAACUUCGCCGUCGGCAAGCUGAAGGGAAUGCACCGAGACGCGGGACCCGGGGAAGUGCACAAGCUGAUAAAGCACGCGGCGGCAAACGGCGUGGAAGAGGCCCACGAAGUCCUCCAUCACGCCUGCUCCAAGGGACUUUGCGACUGAAGGACCUUCGUCCUUUCCAAAUGAUUUUGACGGAUG